AACUGUUGAUGGUCCAACUCUGACGUGGCGCUCAGUCUGAGUCUCUUUAAUUAUUAGGGUUUUUCUGAUUCUUCCCAUUAGCUCUUGCUUCAACUUCCACUCACAGCUGAGCUACCCAUCGGAUCCAACCCAAUGGAAUCUAACGGCCGAGACGCCUUUCGGAUCCUCCACGAGCUCGACUCUCUCAGAGCCGCAAAAGCCGACAUAGACAGCCGAAUUUCAGCUCUCGAAGCCGAGCUCCACCACGCAACCCUCCAAAACGGCGUCGUCCCUAACGGCUCUUCCCCUGUGAUCUCUACCGCCAUCGAUUCCCUCCUCAGCGACCAUCACGAUCACAAUCUCACCCCGGAAAUGAUCCACCGGUACAGCCGGCACCUCUUGCUCCCAUCUUUCGGGGUCCAAGCACAGUCGAACCUCCUAAACUCCUCGGUUCUGGUCGUCGGAGCUGGAGGCCUGGGCUCUCCGGCUCUGCUGUACCUCGCUGCCUGCGGCGUUGGCCGCUUGGGCAUCGUGGACCACGACGUCGUUGAGCUGAACAACAUGCACCGCCAGAUUAUCCACACCGAAGCCUUCAUCGGCCGGCCCAAAGUCAAAUCCGCCGCCGCCGCUUGUCGCUCCGUCAACUCCACCGUUCAAAUUGUGGAGCAUCAAGAAGCUUUACGCACUUCCAAUGCCUUGGAAAUUUUCAGCAAAUACGAUGUAAUAGUGGACGCCACCGACAAUGCUCCUAGCCGUUACAUGAUCAGUGAUUGCUGUGUGGUGUUAGGGAAGCCUCUUGUAUCUGGUGCUGCUCUGGGAUUAGAAGGGCAGCUCACAGUUUACAAUUACAAUGGUGGUCCAUGCUAUCGAUGCCUAUUUCCAACUCCACCUCCUACAACAGCAUGUCAAAGAUGUGCUGACAGUGGUGUCCUAGGAGUAGUUCCUGGUAUCAUUGGCUGUCUCCAAGCUCUUGAGGCUAUUAAAAUAGCAAGUGUGGUUGGUGAACCACUCUCAGGACGGAUGCUUCUAUUUGACGCAUUAGCAGCACGAAUACGUAUUGUAAAGAUUAGGGGAAGAUCAUCAGAGUGUGAAGUUUGUGGAGAAAAAUCGACAUUCACCCAGCAGCAAUUUCGAGAGUUUGAUUAUGAGAAGUUUACUCAGUCUCCACUGUCUCCGUCACCUUUGAAGUUAAACCUGCUCCAGGCAGAUUCCAGAAUAAGCAGUAAAGCCUACCAUGAUAGGGUUGCUAAUGGGGAGGCACAUGUAUUGGUGGAUGUCCGGCCAGCACACCACUUUAAGAUUGUUUCUCUUCCCAAGUCCUUGAACAUCCCUCUCCCAAGUUUGGAGGCUCGGUUGCCUGAAAUUUCUUCAGCUUUAAAGGAAGAGGAAGAGCGGAAGGGUGCGGGUUCUGAUUUAAGUGCUCAAUUAUAUGUAAUUUGUAGAAGGGGUAAUGAUUCUCAGAGGGCUGUUCAGUCUCUGCACAAGAUGGGUUUCACUUCAGCCAGGGAUAUUGUUGGGGGUUUGGAGUCCUGGGCCCAGGAUGUCGAUCCCAACUUCCCCACCUAUUAGCAUUCGUGUUUAUUGUGGGACGUUUGAGCUUCAUUGCUGUAAACUUUUCUUCAGGUUUUAGUUUCUGCAUACAUCUUUUUGUUUUUGGGCCAAGGUUUCUAUAUAUUUAUUGGUUACUUUCA